CCGUUAAGCUCUCUCUAUAUACAACAUCGCAUUGCAAUUCUCUCCGUAUUUGAUUUUCUUGUUGAAUUUGUUGGAUUGAGUCUCAAGUCUCUAACAAUGGCUGUUGUUUCUUCUCCAAUCUCUUUCAAAAGACGGCGGCUCAUCGGCAACCUUCAUCACACGGUGGCCGAAGAAGCCAAGCGCAACCCUUCUGAGGAGGGUGCAGAUGGGUUUUAUGAGUUCACCGCAGAGGAUUAUUACCGGCUUCUGAAGACCAAGAAGGAAGACACGUUUUUGAAAACACAGAAGAUGAGGGAGGCAGAGCAGGCAAAGUGCAGGUCAAGGUUGACCAAGGCUGUGAUUAGGGUUAGGUUUCCUGAUAAUCACACAUUGGAGGCAACUUUUCAUCCGUCGGAUAAAAUCCAGAGCUUGGUUGAUCAUCUGAAGAAAGUUGCUGCUCAACCAGAAUUACCCUUUUACUUAUUUACUGCUCCUCCCAAGGAGGUGAUCAGAGACAUGUCAAUGGAUUUUUACUCUGCUGGGUUUGUUCCUGGGGCGAAUGUGCAUCUUUCAUAUGGUAUACCUAAUUAGGUCAUUGAUUAAUCUUGUUAUUUUCUUCUUUUAUGUGUUUGCUUAGGGUUUAGGCCUAAACCUGUGUGUAUAAAUAUGGGGAAUUUCUACCCUGUGAAAUUUGAUUGAAUAAAAUUUUCA